CUGGCCCUGGCACUGUCGCAGUCAGAGGCUGAGGAGAAGGAGAGGCUGCGACAGAAGUCAACGUACACUGUGUACCCCAAGGCAGAGCCUGUACCUGUGGCCUCAUCAGCGCCCCCCGCCAGCAGCCUGUACUCUUCACCUGUGAACUCGUCAGCACCUCUGGCUGAGGACAUUGACCCUGAGCUGGCUCGGUACCUGAACCGGAACUACUGGGAGAAGAAGCAGGAGGAGGCCCGGAAGAGCCCCACACCAUCGGCUCCCAUACCUCUAACGGAGCCAACCACCCAGCCCGGGGAGGGGCAUGUUGCUCCAGCCAGCGUGGUGGAGACUCCCCUCCCGGAGACAGACUCUCAGCCCAUAGCUCCGUCCGGAGGCCUCUUUAGUGAGCAGCAGUACCAGAACGGGGAGUCCGAGGAGAGUCACGAGCAGUUCCUGAAGGCCCUGCAGAAUGCCGUCACCACCUUCGUCAACCGCAUGAAGAGCAACCACAUGCGCGGGCGCAGCAUCACCAAUGACUCGGCCGUGCUCUCGCUCUUCCAGUCCAUCAACAGCAUGCACCCACAGCUGCUCGAGCUGCUCAACCAGUUGGAUGAGCGCAGGCUGUACUACGAGGGGCUGCAGGACAAGCUGGCACAGAUCCGCGAUGCCCGGGGGGCCUUGAGCGCAUUGCGUGAGGAGCACCGGGAGAAGUUGCGCAGGGCAGCUGAGGAAGCUGAGCGCCAGCGCCAGAUCCAGCUGGCCCAGAAGCUCGAGAUCAUGCGGCAGAAGAAGCAGGAGUACCUGGAGGUGCAGAGGCAGAUGGCCAUCCAGCGUCUGCAAGAGCAGGAGAAGGAGCGGCAGAUGCGCCUGGAACAGCAGAAGCAGACCGUCCAGAUGCGUGCCCAGAUGCCUGCCUUUGCGCUGCCCUAUGCCCAGCUCCAGGCGAUGCCCGCGGCCGGGGGCGUGCUCUAUCAGCCGUCAGGCCCAACCAGCUUCCCAGGCACUUUCAGCCCAGCAGGCUCGGUGGAGGGCUCCCCCAUGCACGGCGUGUACAUGAGCCAGCCGGCCCCAGCCACUGCCAGCCCCUACCCCAGCCUGCCCGGCACUGCAGCAGGUAAGGUGGAUGGGGGUCCGGACCAGCUGAGAUGA